UGGCAACUAUCGGCACUUCCGCGAGAAUGGCUGGCUAUCGCCGCAGUUUAUUUACCAAAUUUGUUUAGAUGUUUUUUCUAUUAUCCUCUGUGCUGCCCUCUUGUUAACCGGUGUGCAGAUUAUAGUUACGCCCUUUGUGGGACCAUACUCCAAUGUAAUAUGCGUGUCUGUCAGCUCGCCGUGGCCGUCGGCUGCCUGCAUGUGCUCCUCAGCUGCUCGGCCAGCAAUCAUUGGGUGCUGAAGGAAGACGAAAUUACCCAAAAGCUGGACUCGCCCUUUCACAUGCGCGAGCCACAGAACCUAAUUGCCUUCCUGGAGCAGAUACGAUACAAUGAGUACGUUGAGCGCUCCUACCUGGACCUGUUGCGAAAGCGGGAACAGAUUGUCGAGCAUUUGCGCUUCUCCAUGCGGUUCGGGGAAGACCUGGCCGAACAGGCCAAGUGUGCGAUGGACUACUACAUGCUGGAAAAGCGAAUGUCCUAUCUGAAGAUCACACCAGAUCAACUGAAACGCAUUAAUCUUCCGGAGCAGAGUGACGUGAAUCAACCGCACGGAAAGUCUAGUACUGGCACGAAACAACGUACCCUAGAGCCCAUCUGCAGCAACUAUCAUAAGCUGAGUGUUGGCCCGGCCACCUAUGACCACCUCGAAAGCUUCCAGCCAAAGAUUAUGGACUCGGCAUAUGUGGAGCGGGAGCAUGACACCAAUAUCGGGACCGCUACCGUCGAACUGACGCGACGGUUUGCUGUUGACGGACUGCAGCAUCAUCCGGCGUCAUGGAAAUUCCACACGCUCAGCUCUUACUACUGGCGAAUGCGGGGCAAUGCUCGCGAGGCUCUACCCUGCGCCCGUCUAGCCACAUUGCUGGCCCCGCCCAUCUUCAAGGACAUACCGCUGCUCAGUCUGGGCACAAUACUCUUUCGGAUGGGUCGCCUGAUCGAUGCCGAUCUAAUACUGACCGCUGCCGUCGAGCAUGCCCCCAAGGUGGCGGAGAAUCAUGUGGUUCUCGCUUCAGCACUGGCCAUGAAGCAUGACUUCAAUCGUUCCCUGCAGCACUUCGAUGAGGCCGAACGCCUCGAUCCCAGCACCCUGCCUCGCACCCAGCAGGUGCGCAACUUCAUCAGCUGCCUGGAGAACCUCACGAAGAAGACCUCAAAGAUGUACAGCUACGUAAAGUACAUGAAGAACGAGGUGAAAGAGUUCAAGAAGCUCAAGUUUCAUAUAUCCCAGAACCAUGAGCGACUCGUACAGCAGCAGCUGCCGCUGGGUGCACGGCGCUUUCUCGACUCGAAGUCCAGUAACGAUGAUCUGCAUCGUCGGGGCCAAUACUGCAGUACGCGCACCCCAAACGGUUCCGACGAGCCGGUGCUUUUCUGUGAUUUCUACUCGGACAUGCAGAUGCGGCUGGAGAGCAAGGACGUGGACAUCGAUGUGCUCGAGCGGGAUCUGAAGGCCAACACUGAUGCGGUCAUCCGGCAGGUGUCGACGGAAAUACGCAAGCAAUUCAAUCUCGAACAGCUAAAAGCAGCCAAGGCCCAAAUGCCCGCCAAGGCCACAAAAUCCACGUAGAACCCAAAGGAAAGGACACCACCAAACGCAUUCCCUAAAAAACCAAUAUAUAUUUCGGGUCGGAACUUAUUUUUAAUCUGUUCAAUAGUAUUUACGACCGUGUGUGUGUCUGUCCCAGCAUUUUCUUCCAAGGCUGGGACCAUUUAAUGUGUACAUAUAUUAACAAAGAUAUUCAAUAAGUCAUCAGGUAAUAGCUUAAUCCGCAUGUAAGGCUAGGCAUGUAAGAUGAGUCUGACUUUUUCACAUCCCCAAUACUCGUGUGGCAUCGCAUCGCAUCGAGCAAUUAGCAUUCGAUCAACGCAGAGCCGUGACUAAGUAUGCGCGUAUUAUGUUAAGAUUAGCCUUAGAUUAUGCAUUACACACAUAAAGAUAUAUAUAUCUUUGUUUCGUUUCAUAAUUUUUGUAAACAUAAGUGCAGCCAGUAAGUUAUGCAUUAAACAAAGAGGCGAAAGAAUAA